AUUUGGUUCAACAUAAUUCAUCAGAUUUUUCCAAUCACAUUCUUCAAAUUCAUCGACUGGGUCUCCAGCUCACCAAUUUCCAAAAACGCAUCACCUAACCAAAGUCCAAUAACACAGACACCAGCAACCCUCUCUUCAUCUUCUCAACUUCAGGACUACACAUUCUUCAAUAUAAACUCACUUGUUUCUCAGUUUCUCUCCAUAAAGAGGCUGUUUACCUUCGGUUCUCUCAGCCAAACCUGAAAAGACCCUUUUGUUAAAAUCCCAUUAGGGUUUCAACUACUGUGCUUUUGAAGGCAGCUCAGGGAAUUGCAUUGAAGGUUGCAGCGUUGAAACGCAUACAUUGUGAAAUCUGAGUGAGUAAAUGUUGCCUCAUUUUCUCAUUACAAGAUUAACUUCAUCCUUCACACACUACAAGAGCACCCAAAUCCCAUUGGGUUCUCUGCUGCAACACAGACACUAUGUUUUUCUUUUUUCCUUCAAUUCAUUCACAUCUGGUAGAGACAACCAUAAAGGUGUCACCUUUACCGUAUCUUACCUCAUAAACUCAUGUGGGUUGUCCCCAGAACUGGCUUACAAACUCUCCAACGGGGUCAGUUUAAAAACCCCCAAUGGCCCAAAUGCUGUUCUUGACACUCUCAAGGACUAUGGAUUCUCCAAAACUGAGGUUGCAAAACUUGUGGAGAAGCAUCCCAGGGUGCUUGUUGCAAAUGCAGAGAAGACCCUUUUGCCUAAACUGCAGUUCUUCCACUCUAUUGGGGUUUCCAACACUGACAUGUCUAAGAUGAUAAUUAAAAACCCCUUAAUCUUGCGGAGGAGCCUGGCAAAAUUCCUUGUCCCUCUAUGCAGGAUGAUCAGGCGUGUGGUUCAUGAUGAUCUGGAAGUUGUUAAAGUUUUGAGAAAAUCCCCAUUUGCUUUCACAUAUGCUGACAUGGUGAAUGGCUUGGUUCCAAACAUUGAGGUUUUGAGGCAGUCUGGUGUGCCUCAAGGUUCGAUCUCUCUGCUGAUGGUCCAUUUUCCCAGUGUAGCAUAUGGGAAGCAUUCCAGAUUUGUGGAAGCUGUCAAGAGAGUUAAGAAAUUUGGGUUUGAUCCUUUGAAAACAGCAUUUGUCAUGGCUAUCCAAGUGCUUUAUAAUAUGCGAAAACUGGCAUUGGAAUUGAGAUUUGAGAUUUAUGAGAGGUGGGGCUGGAACCGGGAAAUGGCUCUUCAAGCGUUUGUGAAGUAUCCCAAUUUUAUCAAGUUGUCUGAUGAGAUGGUUACAAAGAAAAUGAAUUUCCUAGUGAAAGACAUGGGUUUGUCACCAGAAUAUAUUGCUGCAUAUCCUACUGUUCUAGGCUACAACUUGGAGAAGAGGAUUGUCCCUAGACUCUCAGUAAUUAAAAUCUUGAAAUCAAAAGGUUUGGUUAAGAAUAAUUUGCAAAGUAGUUCCUUUUUGUGCAUUACUGAGGAAAUUUUUUUGAAGAAAUUUGUCAUUAAUUUCCAGGAAGAUUUGCCUCUCUUACCAGAUGUCUACAAAGUCAAAUCAAAUUGCACUUGGUGCUACCAUUAGAAUUCUUCAAUAAAUGAAUUCUGUUCAGAUGUCUUCCAAGCCCAAGCUUAUGCUAUACUCCCUUCAACUUGAAAUUUGUCACUAUAUCUAGUUAGUGUGUCUGUGGGUGUAAUACUGCAUACUGUUAUAUGAAGUCAUGGAUGCAAUAUAGUUUUGAACAUAUGCCAACUACUGGUUUUCUUAUUAAGGCUUAUUAGUUAUUAGUUAUUACAAAUUACAAGUAUUGUUAGCAGUCAAAGUAGUGUUUCUAUAAUGAUGGGUUUAAUAUCAUUGACUCUUAUUAGCAAAGAUGUUAUACUGAUAUUGAUGGUUCUUUGCUUUGUAUUAAAGAACAAUAUAAAAGAUAUUUUCUUUUUUCCCUA